CCACAAGGGAGAAUAACCACAUAAAUUAGUAUAGCAAAAAACAAUUAAUCAAAGUUGGGAGAUGGUAGAUGUGAAGUUGCUAGGUCUAUGGUAUAGUCCUGCUAGUCAUAAAGUUGAGUGGGCUCUCAAAUUAAAGGGAGUGAAAUAUGAAUUUAUAGAAGAAAAUCUUCAAAACAAGAGCCCUCUACUUCUAGAAUCAAAUCCUAUUCACAAGAAGAUUCCUAUUCUCAUUCACAAUGGUAAGCCCAUUUGUGAGUCUAUGAUCAUUCUUGAAUACAUCGACGAGAUAUUUGAAGGUCCUUUCAUUUUACCUAAAGACCCUUAUGAUCGAGCUUUAGCUCGUUUUUGGGCUAAGUUUCUUGAUGAUAAGGUGGGAGCAGUGGUGAAUACUUUUUUCCAUAAAGGAGAGGAGCAAGAGAAAAGUAAAGAGGAAGUUUAUGAGAUGUUGAAAAUUCUUGAUAAUGAGCUAAAGGGUAAAAAGUUCUUUGUGGGUGACAAAUUUGGAUAUGCUGAUAUGGCUGCGAAUUUUGUUGGAUAUUGGCUAGGAGUUUUUCAAGAAGCCUCUGGAGUUGUAUUAGUAACGAGUGAAAAAUUUUCAAAUUUUUGUGCUUGGAGAGACGAAUAUAUUAAUUGCAGUCAAGUCAAGGAAUAUCUACCUCCAAGAAAUGAUUUGCUUGCUUUUGUCGAAGCUCGGUCUCAAGCUUCUGCUUCUAAAGCAUAAAUACCUCCUCGUUCAUCUUAUGAAGUUUCGAAUUAUGUAUUGCAAUAAACUUAUAAAUAUAUAUGUGAGUCACUUUUGAAACGAAUGAUAUAUCAAGUAUAUAUUAGUAUUUUAUUGUUCUCAA